AUGCAGAACCUCACCACUCCAUUUUCGGCCUGCAACGCCAGCGCCAUCGCGUACCCCGUCGUCUUCGGCGCCCAUAUCCUGGGCCUCACCGCUACGCUCGUCCAAAACUACACGGGAGCCUAUGACCCGGCCACUCAGAGCAUUACUCCCGCCGCGCUCGGCCUCGAUUUUUGCAACGUCACCGUAACAUACACCCACGAAGGUCAGAACGAUAACAUCAAUGUCGAGACGUGGUUGCCAAUCGACGACUGGAACGGACGCCUGCAAGCCGUAGGAGGUGGAGGCUGGGUUGCUGGCCGGUUCUCUAUAUCCUACGUUUUCAUGGACGAAGCAAUAAGCGAGGGCUAUGUAGCCUCGACGACAGAUGCUGGCUAUGGCUCAGCACCUCUUCCUGAUGAAUGGGCGCUCAACAGCCCUGGCAAUGUCGAUAUGUAUACGCUACAGAAUUUUGCCUCCAAGUCUCUCCACGACCAGUCUUUCAUCGCCAAAGACGUCACCAAGUCUUUCUACGGGCAGGCUGCUAAGUUUUCCUAUUUCAACGGAUGUUCCCAGGGUGGACGACAAGGCCUCAUGCUCGCGCAGCGCUACCCUGCAGCCUACGAUGGUAUUGUAGCAGGAGCACCGGCAAUCAACUGGAACCGUUUGUUCUUCCAUACGGCAUGGGCGCAGGUCAUGAUGUCAAUGACGAACCAAUUUCCGACAAAGUGUGAGCUCGAGGCUAUCACCUCGGCUGCAGUUGCUCAUUGCGACCCACUCGACGGCGUAAUUGACGGCAUUGUUUCCGACACUGAAAAGUGCUUCUUCGACCCAUUCACAAUGGUUGCCAGCACUCGCAACUGUACGUCGACUGGAAAGGCUGUCACCAUCAGCGAAGGGGCUGCAUUCAUCGCAAAUGCUACGUGGGAAGGCCCCAGAGGACCCGACGGCGAGUUCAUCUGGUACGGCGUUGACCUCGCGAGCGAUCUGGCCGGCAGUGAUGGAUUGGACGGUGCCCCAUUCCGGACAGCCCUUGCGGCAACCACAUGCAAUGCGAAUGGUACAUGUACCGGAGCUCCUAUUUUUCUCGGUGAAGCAUGGCUGAAGUUCUUCGUCAAAAAAGAUCCGGAGUGGGAAUACACGCAGAUCAGCUCGGUAGAGGAGUACACACGUCUCUUCAAGUCGUCACUCCAGGAGUACGAAUCCAUCAUCGAGACUGCGGACCCAGACCUUUCAGAGUACCGGAAGGCCGGUGGCAAGCUCAUAACAUUUCACGGCUUGGCUGACGGCAUCAUCCCGCACAAGGGAACUGACGACUAUUACCGUCGCGUGAUGGACCUGGAUGCCAACGUGGAUGACUUCUUCCGCUACUUCCAAGUCCCUGGGCUCGGGCAUUGCAAUGGUGGCGCUGCCGGCGGUAAGCCUCCCGCUACGUUCCAUGCGCUCGUCGACUGGGUCGAGAAGAAGGUCGUGCCGGAGACCUUGCCCGUGAGCUUCAACAAUACGAAGGGAACACAGUAUGAUAGGUUCUUGUGCCCGUACCCAAUGAAGACGCGUCUCGUUUCGAAGGAUGCUGAUGCGACGAAGCCAGAGGCGUACGAGUGCGCUUUUUAA